UAAUCUCAUAAAAUGUCUUAUAUCGGGAACACAUCAGAUCUGGAAUGUGAGAAAAAUGAAUUUCCACGACCUCGUCCUUCGGGAAUUGUCACCAAAGUGGCCGCGCAUAAGUUAUCAUCGGAGCCCAAGUGGGCCGAUAAGCGGGACGAUGAUUCGGAUUCAGAAGUCUCGACGCCGGAUAAUUUUUUAACCAAAGGCGCAUUUCUACUGACACCCUCCUAUGAACUAUCCAUGGAACGCGCUGCUCUAAUAUGCGAAAAAAUGAGUUUCAAAGGAUGUUUCAGCUUGACGAAAACCGCUACAGGCAUUCUAUUUAAAUUCUCACAUCCAGAUGACUAUCAGGCGGUGUUCAAGAAGGGUUUCCACAAAGUUACCGGCGCCCGCUUCUAUCGCAAAGUAAGUAUAGAAUUGCCAUCGUUAUUUAUUUAUGAUUUUGGGAUCGAAGGGUUACAAUCAUUGUCGCGAAGUAUCGCCAUACCGUGUCGGCCGCGCAAAACUUUCACGCUUUAUGUGCUGGACGUGCCCGAAGAUCUGCCCGUCGAAGAUAUACGACACGCCAUGUACAAAUUCGAUUCGGUUGUCGAAGUUGUGCGUCUUCAUAUCUAUUCGAGCAUAACGUCGAGCGGCGGCGAGAAGAGCGUUGAAGGUGAGCAGACAGUGCGCAGAUCGGCCAUAAGAAGUAAUGUACAAUCCGUGGGUGGCGUCGGUGGCGAUGUUCUGGAUAAGCCAGAUCGCUUGGAGAAACGCGAACUACCGCCGGCUGUUAUACGCAUCACAUUGGCCUCCAUGGACGAAUACAAUAUAUUGCUCCAGAACGGUUUGAACUUUUACGAUGCCACAUUCUUUCCAACCGAGGCGAAUAUUUCCCUAAAAGGCGCUAAAAUCGACUACAAGCGUAGAAUGCUCGAUGGCUCGAUACCGGGGCGUGUUCGAGAACUACUUCCCGUAUUCGAUGCAGCUGGCUUCUGCAAAUUGCCUCCACCCACUAGCAAGCUAAUUAAACCGCCGAGGUCAUGAGUGCGAUCCGCCGAUCAAGCUGAAGCUAAAGCUAUAGCCAACGACACCGUUAAUGAUGAUGAUGAUGAUGACGACAACAAUAAUAAUGAUGAUGAUGAUGAUGAUGAUGACGACUAAGAUUAUGACGACGUAGAUGAUGAUGAUGAUGAUGUUGCUGGUGGCAGAAACGAAGAUAAACACAAUGACCUGUUCCGAAUACAUAGAUAAACAGCACGGGUCGGUAUAAUGGCUAGCUGACCUAAACUAUGGACGACACACACUCACACACACACACAAAAACACUCCCAUACAUACAUACAUACAUACAUAUACGUGUAUACAUACAUUCAAUUCAACGGAUGCUACGCAGCGCGACUUGUGAACGUUUCCGUUUGGCAAUUCCCUUUUUGGCUACCAUUUUUUUUCUCUGGCGACUUUUUUUUUGUUUUUGUUUUAGUUUUAUUAUUAAAGGCCCAUAUAUGGCAUAGCGUCUAAUUUGUUUGAUUGUCUAACAACGUAAAAAAAUUAAUGAUAAAAUGAAGAAAGAAAAAAAACGAACAAACACACUUUCAAUG